AGUACACGUGGCAUGCAGAUACAUGCGUGUCCUACAGGGGGCGACAGAACGACCUGCAGGGCAUUAUGGGGCGGAGAUGGCAUUCUAGUACACAGUGCACACACGGACGACGGCAAAGCAAGGCUAGUACGAGGCCUGUAACACACCUGCGAGCGGACAUAGAUAUCGAUUAAAAGCACACAAACAAGCAAAGGUGUCCUGCAGACGGGAAUCGGCUCUCGGAUUUCGGUGUCAUGGCUCAAAAUGCUCUGAUGAGCAGCGCGGAGGACGUGGCGGAUCAGUUCCUUCGAGUGACGAAGCAGUACCUGCCCCACAUAGCGCGUCUCUGUCUGAUUAGCACGUUCCUGGAGGACGGCAUUCGCAUGUGGUUCCAGUGGAGUGAGCAGAAAGAAUAUAUCGAGACGACGUGGGGAUGUGGCUUCUUCCUGGCCACACUGUUUGUUUUAAUCAACUUACUCGGACAGCUGGGUGGUUGUAUACUGAUCCUGAGCAGGAAUUUUGUGCAGUAUGCCUGCUUCGGAUUAUUUGGGAUCAUCGCCUUACAGACUGUUGCCUAUAGCAUUCUUUGGGACCCAAAGUUUUUGAUGAGGAAUCUGGCUCUGGGUGGAGGGCUGCUGCUGCUGCUUGCAGAGUCGCGCUCUGAGGGCAGGAGUAUGUUUGCUGGGGUUCCCACUAUGAGAGAGAGCUCUCCGAAACAGUACAUGCAGCUGGGUGGCAGAGUCCUGCUGGUGCUUAUGUUUAUGACACUGCUGCACUUUGACACAAGCUUCCUCUCGGUGAGCAAAUAUCCUCAGGCUGGUAAAUGGGUGAAUCACAAAGAAAUCUCUAUAUAUAUUUCAUCUAGAAAUCAAAAGUAAAAAAGAAAUUGUUGCACGUAAAGAAUAUCCCGUUUUAGGAUUCAAAAUCUUUAGGAUUAAGAUUUUUUUUUUCUUUUGUGACAUCAUUUUCAUGACAAUUAAGCACCUUUAGCACUAAGUUCUCUUUGCUG